UCCAACACCUUAGUUCAGUCUGUGUGGGUAGGCACUUGGAUCUGUGUGGAAGGGCAUUACAGACAGAAAAAGCAGAUCCACUGGAUCAUUCAGGGGACUAAAGGAUAUAUGUAUAUUCUUCUCAAACAUCCCAUUGGAAUCAUUGCAGGUGUCAUCUUCUUCCAUUAGCCACAAAUCUGGGUUCCUGAUGCUGUAUAAAUUGAGCCCCUUGAGAAACCAAUCUGAGCAUCCAGCAUCCAGCAUCACAUUCUUUGAAGGUAAAGAUAUGAAUAAGAUUGAAGCAUGGAAACUGUUGUACAUGAAGCCAAGUAUGAGUGUCUGCUCUUUGAUAUGGAUGAUACCUUAUAUCCCUUGAGUUCUGGCCUCAACUUAGCUUGCCGCAAGAACAUAGAAGAUUACAUGCUUCAUCAUCUCCAAAUUGAGGAAAGCCAAGUCCCAAAAAUGUGCUUGGAAUUGUACAAGGAAUAUGGAACAACAAUGGCUGGUCUUAAGGUGUUCUAUCUGAUUAAGAAGUCUGUACACUUGAAUCAGCUUAAUCUUUUUUUGUCUUUCUGUGAGCAGGCAUUAGGAUAUGAAUUCGACGACGACGAAUUCCAUGCUUAUGUUCAUGGGAGAUUGCCGUAUGAGAUACUAAAGCCUGACCCUUUGUUGAGGAAUCUACUUCUUUCGAUGCCACAAAGAAAGAUAAUUCUCACAAAUGCGGACAAAGCUCAUGCUGCACGAGUUCUCAGUAGGCUUGGCCUCGAAGACUGUUUUGAGGGUGUCACAUGCUUUGAGACACUCAAUCCACCGCGACAGCAGAAUGGUUCAGCUGAUGGUCAUGGAAAUUUUGGUGAGACCGAUUCAAACACCGAUGGAGAGAGUGAUUCAAGCGCUGAUACCGCCGGUUGUGUUGGUGGAAGGAAGUCGAAUUCCAAAGGCCGAAUACUCUGCAAACCAUCACUGGAAGCUAUAGAAGCUGCCAUCAAGAUCGCAAACAUCGAUCCGAAGAGAACGAUCUUUUUGGACGACAGCGCAAGAAACAUCGCGGCAGGAAAGGCAGCAGGUCUGCAUACUGUUCUUGUUGGGAGCCCGACGCUGGUACCAGGGGCUGAUGUUGCACUGGAGAGCAUCCACAACAUGAGAGAGGCAUUGCCUGAGAUAUGGAAGGAUGGAGAUAAGCUGGAACCAGUUCUUGCUGCCACUGCUGUGGAAACAACAGUCCUUGCCUAGACCAUGACCACCAUCUUGACUUGUAUGAAGCAAAACCCACAGUAGUAGCACUUGUAUUGUUGAGAUCAUAAAAUGGUGGGCGUGCUUUGUUCCUUUGCA